UUGAACAACAAACACACGUGCUGCUGGCGCUCGGAAUAUAAACUGACACACCAGCUCUGUUUUGAAUAGAGCGCCGCUUGGCACGCUUUAGGACGUCUGUGUCUCAUCCGUUUGCUUAUAUUCAUCCAAACGUAUUGACUUUAGCCUGACACACAGUAGCAAUGCAUAGGGAAUUAUAACUAGAAAAUAUAAUCAUUCGCACCUGUCAAACCGUUGGUCUACGAUUUGAACGCGCAGCACUCGGUCCUCCUCACCCAUUAUUGAGAGACAAUGAAACCAAAGGACAUCAUUAAGGAGAAAGGUAGCAUAUGGAUAUUUGGCUAUGGUUCCUUGGUCUGGAAGCCUGAUUUUAAAUACAAGAGGAGCCAAAUUGGUUUCAUCGAAGGAUAUAAGAGACGCUUCUGGCAUGGAGAUGACUUUUAUCGUGGAGACAAAGAGAAGCCUGGAAGAGUUGUCACACUAGUGCCAGAUCACGAGGCCUGCACCUGGGGCGUGGCCUACGAGGUGGCAGACUCGCAGAUGGAGGAGUCCCUGCAGUACCUUGACACCAGGGAGACCGUGGGUGGGGGCUACGUUCUGGAGCUGUGCGAGUUCACGGCCAGGGAGGGGAAAGUGCAGCAGCAGCCCACCAACGACAAGCUGCUGGCCCUGGUGUACAUCGCCACUUCGGACAACCCCAUCUACCUGGGCCCCGCCCCCGACAGUGAGAUUGCAGCGCAGAUCGUCGUCUGCAGGGGGUCCGUCGGGCUCAACAUGGAGUACCUGCUUCGCCUCGCACAGUUCAUGAGGUGCUGCUGCCCGGACGUGGACGAUGAGCACCUCUUCUCCAUAGAGACCGCCGCCCUGGCCCUGGUUCUGUGAACAACGUUACGGUCGUAGAAUAAUGAAUCGAAUAAUGAAUACACACAUUCACACACCAACGGCAGGGUCGACCCUGCAAGGAGCAGUCAGGUUGAGGUGUCUUGCUCAGGGACACCUCGGCACUCAGCUAGGAGGAGCCAGGGUGUGUGUGUGGCACCUCAGCCACAACCAGAAAGACGUGUUUUUAACGUGUAAGCAUUGAUGUUUUACUUUUUUUUAAAUCUAGAAGUACACACAAGAACACUCCAUCUCAUGCUAAUGACGUGUGUGGCUGCAGAACUGUUCUACGUUGUGACUUCUAUGCACCUGGGGAGCGGGAUAAAGCGUUGGUCGGCGUUGAGGUCCAAGCUUCUGAGAGGAAAGACUUGAACAGUAUUUUUUUUAAUACAUUGGAUGUUUGAUGGCAUUGUAAAACGCACACAUUCUUGCACUGUCAAUCAAUGUUAAUGUCAUUGGGUUUUUUGGUGGAUUGCCUUGAGGGAAUAAUUCCUCUUUCAUUAAUGCCAAAGUGGUUGAAAAUGGCUUCUUACCUGAACUGAAAUGUGCCUUUCUUUGCUAUUCUCCCCUGCUUAACAAUGGCCACCUAUUGACCGCAUCUUUUUUGAAGAGGUGCCUGUUCAAUACUACUUUGAAUAGCUCUUUAAAUGUUGAAUGAACAAAUGAUGAAUGUUUGAAUGUUAACUCUUUCCUUCUUCUUCUUCUUAUGAGCAAACACCCAUGCUAUGCUAUGCACAAAGGAUUCAAGGGCUUUUCCCAUUGUUAUUUUUACUGUUGCAUUUAAUGCUACUUUAUAUCAUAUUCGUGACAUUUUAUAUUUAUAUUUGUUGUAAAAGGAUUAGGUGAGCCUUAAACACAUUUUCAGAAAACUUAAAUGAAUAUAGUUAGUUUGUAAUACUUGACUGUACAUUCCGAACACGGGUAUUAAAAUAUUAUUUGUAUUCACGAAAAUGCCUCAGAGAACAGCUCCUGAAUAAAUGGAUGAUCUGGCAAGCUGCCCAUUA